UGUUGUUUUUGUCAGCUGUCAGAGCAGAAAAAAUAACAUUUCAUUUCUAUUCAUUCGAGCGCGCAUCUUUGUUAUUACCGUUCGUGUUAAUUUUUUCCAUUAAAUUCUGAAGUGGGAUUAUAAUUGAUUCAAAAUGCAAAACUCGGAUAUAAUAUCCUCUUUGUUUUGGUUUAAAAACGAAAGUGAGGAAGAAGAUAAAGAUCAUCUGAUACUGGAACAGUUUGUGCACAAUGUUGAAGAUUUUAGUUCCCAGUAUGGCAGUGAAAUCAGUGUUUCUUAUACUGCAUUUAAUCUUCGUGGACCGCCUUCCAAUUUUCCUGACUACGGCGACUAUCCCCAAGCCUUCGUUAUGGUAAAAAGGACCUAUGGGACUUGGUGGGAAGAAGCUCCAUCAGCACAGAAAGAUUACAUGCCACAAAAUGCUAGUGCAAUCACUAGCCAAGACUUUGUUGAAGUGUCGUUCGAAAAAGCUGUAUACCCACUGGAGGUGUCGAUCUUCGAGACCUAUAACCCUGGAGCGCUGGUCCGCAUUUGGGCACUAGGUCCUACAACAUGGAUGUUGCUAUGGGAAGGAGAACCGGAGUAUGUGGGAGACACACCGAGGAUAUUUAGUCCUCCGAUAAGGCAGAUCAAUGUACCAACACGAAUCCUGAGAUUGGAAUUCAACCACAAGCUACUUCCUUACUACACCGAGUUGGAUGCGGUACUUCUACGUGGUAGACAACCGGCGAAUUUAGCCAAGCAUUUGAGGAACAACUUCUCUUACUCUUCGCUUUUCUAUAAACCUGUAGUGGAAAAAGGCCAGCUGCUGAACCGAAUAAUUGCUUCAAACCUUCACGAGAACAUCGCGCCACAGAUUGUAACGCCACGAAAUCAGAAGCAAAUCGACACUGGACCACCACUCGGAGAUUUCCAGCAGUUACCCGAUGAAACCACACUAUGUGUGAUGAAGUACUUGGACAUCCAGUCGCUCUGCCGAUGCGCUCAAGUCAACAGACAUUUCAACAGGCUCGCUUCAGACUGCAUACUGUAUAGAAGCAUAGAUCUCAGACCUUAUUGGCAUUGCGUGCAAUCUCAGGUGCUGGCAACUCUAUCAAUGCGGUGCAAAUUCCUUCAAAAACUAGAUUUAUCUUGGUGCGGCAGCCAUCGCAUGAUACAGCCCAAUUAUGUAGUGAAUUUCCUGAAAGACAGUGGCGCAGAAUUAACACACCUCCGUAUGAAUUGCUGUAAGUUUGUGGACAACUCUGUGCUAAGAGCCAUCGUUGACACCUCCACUAGUUUACAAGAAUUAUGCCUCCGAUCAGUAGUCGGCUGUACAGACUGGAUAUGUCUGUCUGCUCUCAAAAAACUGAAACGUUUGGAUCUAUACAGAACUGAUAUAACUACUUCAGCUGCCGUUGCCAUCAUCAGAUCUAACCCUGGAUUACGUCAUCUUAAUGUUGGUUCAUGCAAAAUGAUAUCGUCAAUGGACGAAGUGGCGAUAGCAUUAGGCGGUAAUUGUCCAAACUUGGUGUCAGUGGAUUUCUGGAAGUCAUACUCCUUGACUCCUAACGGCAUCAGAGCAUUGGGCAACUGUAAGAAGUUGCAGGAGUUGGAUGUUGGGUGGUGCUUACAAGCAGGCGGUUCUGGAGAAUGGCUAGGCUGGUUAUCAGUCGGGGAGCUUCGCAAACUGUUCCUCGGGGCUCUACGUGGUGUCUGCGACCGAGACCUUCGUUCCUUGAUACCUAGAGCACCGAAAUUGGCACAGUUAGACCUGUUGGGAGUCAGGGCAGUUACCGCUGAUAUUUGCGACUCGAUCCUAGCUGAAUGCAAAGAUCUACGGCUGCUGGACGUUAGUUUCUGUGAUCAAAUUCAAGAAGCUCAGGUAGUGGAAUGGCGUGAGCAAUACCCACAUGUAAGCAUAAAGCGUUCCUUCCAAUCAGCCAACUUAAACACGGCACCGAACCCACUAUUCUUAGCGCCUAGUUUAGAAUAGAUUUAGACUUAGAAAUUAUAAUAAAGGUUCAUUCACUUGCAGGCUAUUUAUGUCAUAAAUUGUUUCGAAAAUGUCUUACUCGCACUGUUACGUAGCUUAGUAUCGGUGGAAACGGUCACAUUGUUUCACAACUUAGCUAUAUAGCACAUUUCUGGUGGAAAAACAACCUUAACAUGUUAACUACCGCGUAGGUCACGACCGGCUUUAGCGGAGGAUUUUUGCCUUUCACAGAUUUCUGUCGGCAUUCAAAGAUUUAGUCAUACGUCUCCUUAUUUCCCUAAUGUUAUCCUAUAAAAACAUAACCCUCCUUCUGGCGCAGUCGGGUAAAAAAACAGGCCACAGAUAAUUUUAAGGUUGCAAAAGUCCUCAGAUGUUACGCAUCGAGUAUAAAAGUUAUUUAAAAACUAAAUAUCGCUUCAUGUGAAUGAACCUAAAACUGACUUAUAAAAGACAUGUUUGUAGCUAUGUACUGUAUUCUUUUGUGAUUGUUUGUAUGUUAGUCUAUCUGAAAUUGCUUUUAUGCGUAUGUGUAUGUCUUAAUACUUAUGUUUGGUAGUCGUAAUAUUUUUUUUGUAUUUGUUUGUAUACUUGCGUAGUACUGUGUUGGAUAUUGAUCUCUAUUGGUAAAACGAAAAUUACUGAGCUUAAGGGCUAUAUUUCACCGGAACACCAUGGUUGCGCAACCAGUCGCCGCUACCAACAAAAUGUAUACAGCUCUAUAGAGAUAUACUCACCUGGUGUCCGCUUGGUAUCGCAACCAAUCUAGCGGCGCGAACUGUAGCACCGUAUGUUACUGGUUGCGCCACCACUAAUUACUAUAGCGCUGUAUGGUGUCUCACUCACUCAACCGCCAAUCCGGUCGCCAUUGCUAUCUCUUCGAGGUUCAUUUUAAUACUCACAAAGUGUGGUGUGGUGACUCUGGUGUCUGUAGUUUGGUAUCUUACGAACACCAAGGGUGCGCGACAGAUUGUGCUGCCAUGGUGUCCCAGUCAAAUAUAGCCCUAAUAACAAAAUGAAAUACGCGCGUUUAAUGCGUAAAAGAUUAUAAAGUAAAUUUAUCUAACGAUAAUUGCGAUCUAAUUGACUGUGAAAUUUGUACUCAACUUAUCGAGUUUCUAAGCAGAUAAUAAUAAUAGUAACAAAUAUUUCACAAUAUUUUUCGAAUCUGAUGUAUUAUAUCUAUCUAAUAAUUAUCUAAUUAUCUGAUCCCCCGCCUUAAUUCAUUAGAUAUCAUAUUUAUCACUAACGAACUAUGAACUGACUAAGAUCUACUAUCUACUUUGGCUUUAAACAUUCUUACUAUAUAAAAAGACUGACUAAAUUGUAAAAAAUAACAAUAAAAAACAGCUAAUAUUGAUGAUGCAUUUGUACAGAAAGAGAUUUUUAGACAAAACCUUGAGUUCAGAAUUUGGACUAAAGCUAAGUUCAAUCGUUUUAAUUUGAAGGAAAUAUAUUUGCAAAAUGCCUUAUUAAGAGAUUUAUUACAUAUCUUGGGAUAUAUGUCAUUUAAAAUGUACAAUUAUUCAAAAUUAUUGUACACUUCCUAAUUGUUCUUAAGAAAAAGUGAAGUCUAUUGACCAAAUGAUUUAUCGUCAGCUGAUAUCUCAAGUCAAGUUUAUCUACAGUAGUAGUUACAGAGGACUUUAAACUGCACUGGCGCCAUCUAGGGAUCACAAAAAUGACAUUUCAUUUAUAGCAGCUAUUUAUACAGUGUAAUAUCAUUUUAAAAGCAUAGAAGAGUAACACAUCUUAAGUGGGUCCGUUACAAGUGAUGUAUUGAGGACUCGUCGAGUAAUGAUGUGAGGAUAGUAUUGAUUCUGGAUUUUGAGAUCGACAUUUUCUCUGAGUUUGGAUCAUAAAGCAAAGAGGAGAUGCUAUAAUGUGAUUAUGCACUGUGACGCAAAAAACGGGCCUGCACUCAGAAAAUUGCACAUAGCACAUUGAAAUGUGAACAAUUGGUAACGUUUUUACUGUGUGGAACCGCUAUAUGGAAAAUACAGAGGGAUAUAGUUUGUACCGUCCCGCUCUCCCUGUAAAGAGUCACGCAUUAUGACAUCUGCUCUUUGUAUUUGCUUCAUGGUUUAGAUAGACCAUUUAAAUAAACACACAUGUUAACUUAUCUUAACAUGUGAAAAUGUAAUGAGAGUUAUUGCUGCGAAAACGUAUAAAUUAUUAUAUCUGCGUCAUUUAUAUUUAUUAUUAUGGUUUACUCGAAGCGAAUUAGGUAUUAGUCUCCUAAUCGAAAAGUAAAUUGCGUCUUAUUUGUAUGCUUUUUAGUAUGAGAUAAGGCAAAUUGAAUGUUAAAGCUUACGUGCUAAAGUAGUUAAUAUUUUAUUAAAUUUGUACACAUUUAGCGACUCAUGCAGAGAAGUAACUUUUAGUAUCGACCAUCGGCAAUUUAGAUUUUGAUCUAUCAUCCAGAAGAUAGGUUUUAUACUAAGUGUUGCUUUCCCUAGCUAUAUGAACGUUAAUCCAUAACAUAUUUUGUCAAUUUCGAUAUCAAUUACGAUAAUAGCCUUAACUUAAAUACAUCUAUUUAUAAUGCCAUUAUACGUUAUUAUAAAGAUUGUAAAGGAUGUAGGAGAUAAUCUUAAUUACUUUGCCGUGUAGGUAUUAAUUCGUAUCUUAACUCUUGCAUUCUUUAAGUAAUUAACUGCUCUGCUUCAUUGGUUGAAUGGUUGCAAGUGCGACUGUGGGCGAAGCCGAAGUCCACACAAGGGAUCUCGGGUUUGAUUCCCGGGUUGGGCAAAGAAUUCCUGGGCUUUUUUCGGUUUUUCGAAAAUUUUUCAGUGAUAGGACGGAGUCUUUAAUUGUGCCAGGUAUAUGGCAAUAGGCUCGACCCUUAUUACACGGAUCUUAUAACAUAAAUGAUUAAAAGUGGGUGUACAUUGUAUAGCGGCAUUAUGUGCCGUAAUGUACACUUCUGCCUACCCGUUCAAGGAUAAAUGGCGUGAAGUUGCAAAAUGGUCCUAAUUUUCAUCUAAAAAUAUUAAUAUAUGAAAUAGAACUAUUAUCCCUUACAUCCUUGUACUGGUAUUCGUAUACUGAAGCCAGCAGAUCAAUCUAAUACCAUUUGUGAAGAUUGCAUUUCCAACUUUAUUUGCUACAUUAUAAAGCUGAAAAUGUAUCAACCUAAUCAGACAAAUUGUACUAGGUUGACUGACAUGCGAUAUUGCAAUCAUAGCAUAGUACUUAUAUCAGAAAUAUUUUAUAAACGUUUACAUGAAACGAAAUGAUAGUAUUUAGAUAUUUUCGCGGAUUUUAUAGUUCAGUAAGAUUAAUUAUUAUAUGUAUAUUUGUCUAACUGCCGCUCUCAGAGACAUUUAAUGAUUACUUAAACUAUUCCUUAGUAACGACUUUGUAUUGAAAACAAUUGCUAAGGAGUGGGUUAAGUAACCAUUAAAUGACUGAGUAUCGCGGUAAGAUGACUGAGACUUGUAGUAGUGUAGUACAUUAUUAUAUAUUUAAAUGCUGAACUUGAUAAUUUGUUGUAUGACGCUAAAACAUUACAUAAUUAUUUGUUUGAAGUUGGCUCUCGAAUGCUAGCAAUUAAUUAUUAUUUCAGUUUACUUUUAUGAACAUAAUGUUAUAAAGUAAAACUUUACAGUACUUUAAUUAAUCUUUUAGUCCAAAAUUACUUUCUGCUUGAAAGUAAACUUUAUGUAAGUACUUAGUUACUCUAAUAUAGACAACGGGAUAUCAAACGGUCUAGUAUAAUAUUCAGGUAUAUUGAAACUCAGUACCCUUAGUACAAGUUUGCUGUACGUUGAACAAAAUAGAAACAAGAGUGCUAUCGGCCGGCUUGAAUGAACCAACCAAACUUAACACCGAUAGCGCUCUUGUUUUGAUCUCGUUAAACGUAAAGUAAACUCGUACUAAGGGUACAGGAGUCUUUCUGAUGAAAUGUAAAAAAUACGUUAGUGACACGUAUAAAUGAUAGUUUGUUUAUAUUUAGGUACAAGUUAAGUACCUUUAAUUCUUAGAAAACAUUGGAAGUAACUCAGAUGUGACCUACCAAUAUAUAAUUUUAAAGCAACAUAAAUGGUAAUCUAUCAUAUCUUAGCCAUACUGCGAAGUCCGAGCCUACUAACGUAGCCAGAUAAGAAAUAGAGUAUUUUUAUGUGUGAAUUAAAAUGUGUGAUUUCAUUAUAAUUUGAAUUUAUAGGUUUGAUUUUCCGUCGUCUAUGCAUUUUUGAUUGUCUGAAUAAAUAUUCGUAAUGUCUUCUGAUUAGUUUUAGAUUUCUAUAUUUAAGAUAUACUAUUAAUUAUUAUUAUUUAGCUUUAUCAUAAUGCCACGUUAUGCGUCGCAAUUCCCACUUUAUGCUGUGUUAUCGAGGGAAUCGAUGCCAUGUCGCAAGUCCAUAAUUUCAGUCAUAGUUUAAGAUUUGAUGGAAUAUAAUAAUGCUAUUUGUUUUCUUAAUAAAAAUUGAUAAAUAUAUGUA